GUCGAGAAGAUGAAGUCGUUCGGCAAUUUGACCUUUGGCCUACUUGUUUUCCUAAUUGUGUGUAUCAAUGCAGGUGCAGAAGCUCGUCGCCUGGCCCUUCGCCCAUUGACGGGAAGAGAACUGCGAAAGGCUCUGAGGGAGUCCGGAAUAGGUGUGGAUUCUGAGGCUGGAAGAUCGGUGGCUUCGGCUUUGUCCGGGCUUAGUGGAUUUGCCCUUGGCAUUACAAAAGGAAUUGGUGGCUCCAUUCUGUUCGACGUGGUCACAUCGAAUGUGACCAUCGAUUACAUCACCAGUCUGCUGAACUCCACUGCAUCCUCGACGACUUCGGGCAGCAGUGGAUCCGCCCAGGAGGUCUGCUUCAACAGUCGCAGUGCCGACGGUGAGAUCAUUAACGGCAGGAGCAAUCACAAUGAUGACUUUGUGGAUGAUGUAGAACCAUCCGGCGAGUGGAGACAGACUUCCACAGACCUUGGUACUCUCUACUCCCCCUCAGUUACUUCUACGGAUUCGGGUUCUGGCGGUAAUGGAGUAACCUGCAUUGUCCUGAGCUCAAAGGGUCGCCGAAGGCGUCAGCUAGAAAUUCGAGCAGGAACCUUAAGAUCUGCGUAUUCAAAACGUGGUCGAUCCCAUCGCCAGUCACUGAGAAAAUUACGCAGGCAUAGGCUUUAA